AUGACUAAUAAACUGUACAGCAAGGCAGAACGACUCGUCAAGGACAAGGAGGGAAAGGUCAUCACAGGACUAGCACAGCAGAUGAAUAGAUGGUCUGAACACUUUGAGGAGCUCCUGAACAGGCCAGCACCACCAAAUCCACCAGACAUCAAUCCAGCCAACGAAGAUCUCCCCAUAAACUGUGGCAAGCCGACUAGAGAAGAGAUCAGGAAGGUCAUGAAGAACAGGAAGGCAGCUGGACCUGAUGAGGCCCUGAAAGCAGACCUGAAAUCAUUAGUGGAGAUGCUUUACCCACUCUUUUAG